AUGGACCCACCAACAGCUCAAAACACCAUACCGGAAGGUGCUACCUGUAGAAUUUGCAGAGGAGAGCACAGUACAGAUCAACCACUCUUCCAUCCAUGCAAAUGCCGUGGAUCGAUCAAAUAUAUCCAUGAGAACUGUUUAAUGGAGUGGGUGGCUUCUAAAAAUGUCGAUCUGUCACGUCCCGGAUCAGAAAUGAAAUGUGAUAUAUGCCAUUUUCCGAUUCAACUCACCACAGUGUACGAUGAAGAUACCCCAGACAGAGUACCCUUAACCCUCAUAUUCCGCACGACCUUGGGCGUACUUUGGCGACAGACGCAAUAUGUGAUGUGCAUUGCAUUGGCUGCAUCGUUAUUGGUCCUUGGGAUACCUUUAACAUGGAAUGUGCUAGGAAAGUUGAUAGCCACGAUGCUGCAUGGCGGCAAACUGCCGAUACCAGACUCAUUUUGGAAGAGCAUAAUAUUUGGUUUUGACUAUGAAGAGACCGGAACUGUCACGAAAACGGAUAUCGUGGUUCAGAUUCUCAAAAAUUAUAGGUUUUCCGUUACACAAAUCGUGUUCGUGGCCGUAAUUCACAUCGCAUUAUAUUUCCAAUACGACAUGGUAGUAAGGGAAACUAUAUUCAACAAGAUGGUCUACCACAAAAUCGGGCCCCGUUUCAGUAAAGAAGAGCUCAUGACUGAAAAGCUUAAGCAGCAAUUUCCAGGGAUGGACGAAAAUACUAUUCACCAUAUAGUGCAACUAAUGAAAACCCGAGAAAGAGCAGUUGCAACCCAACCAGAAGUGCCAGCCACGGAACAUGGCCAUCGCGAUGAUAAUGACAAUGAAAAUAGAAACGAAAACGGUCAUGACUAUGAAACCAAUGGCGAGAAUGUUAACAUCCAUCGACUAAGAAACAGAAACAGCUCGUCCAUUAGAUCCAACGACCAUCACGAUGAUGAGGAUGCAGAGGAAGAUGAAGAGGAUGCCGACUAUAACCCCAGCGAUACGUUGUCCUCUCAGAGCUCAGAGUUGUCAGAAGACUCCAGCGAUCAAGCAAUAGAUGAUAACGAACGUCAGGAACUUCUGGAACCAGCUGAUCCUAUGAAUCUGUUCAGGCAGCGUCGAGCAGCGAAUGAAUUUGAUGAAUUGUUGCAAGCCCAACAAGCACAGGUUCCCGAGGGACAGCCCAAUGAUUUCAUUUUCAUGGACCUACAAAAUGAAGCUGCUGGUGGUGGAGCUGCCGAUGGAGUGGAUCCUGACGAAGUUUUGAAUCAGCAAGAUGGACCGGCCGUGCUCGGUCUGCAUCUCAAGUUUGGAAACUUACCUUUCUACUAUCUUGCUGCCAGCGUGUUUCUUGCGUUGUACCUGUUCUUGGCCUAUGCAAUUCCAACGAUUGUGGGAAAUCUACUUUUGACAGUUUAUGCUGCCUUUUUUUCAUACGUUUUUCAGGCCCUCACACAAGCCUUCAAGGCCGCCAAUCUGCCACUACUCUUGGCGAAAGUGACUAGAGAGAUGCCUUUUCAUGCAGAAUUGGCAGUGCGUUUGCUGUCAUCCGCACGUUCUUACUUUGUCACUCUGCAUAUGAAAUACAUCAAUUACAAUAACACGAACUCGACUGUCGCACAAUCUGUGCCCGCUUUCGUCACCUAUUGCACAUUUCUCAGUUUAAUUUCAUUAAGCUGUAGCUUCCUCAGUAGAGGAUUUGGGAUUAACAAUGGUAUGAAAAAUCCUACGAGGCGUUUUAUUUUUCAACUUUUCUUCGCCAUAAGAUGCUCUCUCAAAGUUUUUCUCUUAUUUGCCAUCGAGCUUGUCGGUUUUCCUGUCCUUGCAGGUUCUAUGAUCGACUUCGCCCUCAUAAGUCCCUGUUUGAAACCACAUCGUUCUCUAUUUUACGUCGGUAGCCUCAAUUUGUGGGCACCGACGAUCUGGGUAUUUUAUUGGAGCAUUGGAACGCUCUAUAUGUUUUGGUUCGCUAAAUACGUGGGCAUGAUUCGGAACUACAUCAUAAGACCGGGUGUUCUGUUUUUCAUUAGAUCCUCGGAUGAUCCAAAUAUCAGAAUUCUUCAUGACAGCCUGAUACACCCUAUGAGAAUUCAGUUUUCAAGACUCGUGUUGUCCAUGGGAAUUUAUGCAAUGUUCAUUAUUUUCGGGUUUGGAUUUCACACUAGGGUACUAUUCCCAUACGUCUUUCAUUCAAAAGUUCUGCCUUUCGCAGAUGAGGAUAACUUUUUCGUCUGUUUCAAUGUCCUCAUGGUGUUGAACUCUAACUUUUUGGUAGAUUUUGGCAAGACCUUCAAACUUUACGUCAGACAAUAUUGGAUUAGAGUGUUCGACCUUUGUUGCGGGAAACUUCGCCUGUCAUCUUUCAUUUUGGACAAAGACGUUUCGACAGAGAGAGGUUAUGUGGUGUAUCGCAAUGCCUUCUACCGAUAUUUCCUAUCCAAAAAAGCAAGAUGGUCUAAUGCAAACCUGUAUGUCGACCCGAAAACGCCAUCUGUGGCCCAAGAGUUAUUCAAAACCCAGAAAGAUGUACACGCGUUUUUCAUACCAAAUGGUGUGCUAAUGCGCGUUCCAGCCAAUGAUAUAAUAUCCCGCAAUUACGUGCAGACACUGUUUGUACCUGUCACGAAAGACAACAAACUAUUAAAAUCGCUUGAUAUUGAAUCGAUCAGAGAGAGAAACAAGGAAAUGAUAGGGGAGUUUGGACAUUUGGACGAUCAGAGUACGGAGUUUGAUGCUUAUACGCUUGUGUACACUCCUCCCAACUUUCGCUUCAGGUAUUCAGCUCUGAUCGCUCUAAUAUGGCUGUUCGCCUCACUGCUGUGCAUUUCUCUGGCUCUCAUUUUCAAUUUUGCUGGAAGGAUAUCUUUACUAGUCACUAUGGCACCUUUGAUGCAAUUGAGUCCUAUCCGAAACUUCUUUGCCAGAUACAGUGAUCUGACCGCAGUUGGUCUCUUUCCAAUGAUUAUAGGUUCAUUGAUCUGCAUAGUCAGUCUUGAAUUCUAUCAAGAAUUCAGGAUUUCAAAAUUUGUUCAGCAAGGGCACAUUGUCGAACUCGGAGAGCGCGCAGCUGACGAUGAUCCAGAGAUUGGAGUUGGUGAUCAAAUGCCGCAGCACCAUGCUGCUGCUGUCAACCGUGAUGUGGCGCCACAGGAGCCAUUUUUCGAGAGGGCGCACUGGCAAAGAAUAUUGCUUUCGUGCUUGAUUGGAGUGGUUGGUGCAACCAAACAUUUAAUUGUCCUUGAUUACAAUUAUUCCACUGUUAUGAUGGCUUUCAAGCUGUUUUACAAAGAAGGGCCCCCGAUAGUAAUCAAGCCACGCUUUUUGUUGAUGGAUCCUAUACCAAACCUUAAUCAGUUCAAAUCGCCUGAGAUGAUAGUCUAUGCCAUCAUUUUUCUGGUAAGUUUCAUGAAGGACCAAAUAGCAUUUUUCUCCUACCUAGUUCGGGACAGACAAGACGACACGAACCGCCAAUUGAAAACAAUGCUUUAUGACCUGGUGGCUGAGUGCUUGCUAACCACAGGUUUAAUCAUUCCGCUGCAAUUGCUCGUGUGCACACUAGAAUACUGGCUUUCCGAUUCCCAUUUCGAGUCUCCAUUAAAUGUCUUUUAUUUCCUGAUAUGGACCAGAAGUUUGAUUUCUCACUCGCAGGUUUCAUGGAGCGUCUUUCAAGUACUAUUCUUCGCCGUUUCCCCAUUGAUAUGCGGAGCUUACUACUUAGCUGGCAUCGUUAGGAGUUUCUAUGCCUUUGUGCAAAGAUCAGCCGCAAUCACGAAAGAAGAGGUGUACGGUAGGGGACGAACUCUAACAAACUUUCUGGAUGCAGCAGAUACCUAG